CUUUUGUCCCGCCAACCCCAGGUUAUAAUGGGAGAGGAAAAUAGGCCUCAGGGCAGUCGGCGGCAGCCCCAACCUGCAGUGGGCCCCGUCGGUGAGUCGGUGGGCUGGGGCUCACCCUGCCUCCGGCCUCUUCAUGGGGAACACCAUCAGGGCCCUGGUGGCCUUCAUCCCUGCUGACUGCUGCCAGAACUACGUGGUCAGAGAUCUCCGGGAGAUGCCCGUGGACAAGAUGGUAGAUCUGAGUGGGACCCAGCUACGCCAUUUCCCCGGGCACGUGUGCUCCUUCCGGGAGCUGGUCAAGCUCUACCUGAGUGACAACCACCUCAACAGCCUGCCUCCUGAGCUGGGGCAGCUGCAGAAUCUGCAGAUCCUGGCCCUGGAUUUCAACAACUUCAAGGCUCUGCCCCAGGUGGUGUGUACUUUGAAACAGCUCUGCAUCCUCUACUUGGGUAACAACAAACUUUGCGACCUCCCCAGUGAGCUGAGCCUGCUUCAGAAUCUCCGGACCCUGUGGGUCGAGGCCAACUGCCUCACCCAGCUGCCGGAAGUGGUCUGCGAGCUAAGUCUCCUAAAGACUCUGCAUGCCGGCUCCAAUUCUCUGCGUCUGCUGCCAGGCCAGCUCCAGCGCCUCCGAGAGCUGCGGACCAUCUGGCUCUCGGGCAACCUGCUGACUGACUUCCCCCCCGUGCUGCUGCACAUGCCCUUCCUGGAGGUGAUCGACGUGGACAGGAACAGCAUCCGUUACUUCCCCAGCCUGGCCCACCUGUCGAGUCUGAAGCUGGUCAUCUAUGACCACAAUCCCUGCAGGAACGCACCCAAGGUGGCCAAAGGCGUGCGCCGCGUGGGAAGAUGGGCAGAGGAGACGCCAGAGCCUGACCCCAGAAAAGCCAGACGCUACGCCUUGGCCAGGGAGGAAAGUCAGGAGGGAGAGGCACUUGUCCUGCCUCCUCUACUUCUUCCUCCCAACUCCUGAGGAGCUUCAGUCGUAGGUCAACGCCAAGGAUCCGACUCCAGCAUCUUCUGAUCUCUCCUUUAGAGGGUACAGGAUUGCUCUGGGACACACGGGAUGCUCUGCCAGUGGGGAGUGAUGGAAGUUCAAAGAAACGCCUCACUCACAUUAAGGGAGAAUUUCUGGCCAACAUUUCUCCCAAAGUGAAGUUGGGUGCUAUGGCCGGCCUCACUCUCUGCAAGCAAAUCAGCUCCUCCAAAUAGGUAUUUUGCAACAUUGAAGAGUACAAAGGGCUAGGACAUUCUGUCCUUCUCUACUCCACAAGCGGCUGGUCAGGAUGCUCACGAACUCCUCAAAUAAGGUAUUUACUAAAGAAUUCACCUGAGAGUUCAGGUGGCCUGGCUCCAGCCCUUUGCAGGAUAUAUUUUACUAGGAAUGACCUUAAGUGAUAUGAAAAUAGGGACAAAUUCAGGCCACUUACAAAAGACAUUUCUACCUAGUCAGUCAGACUCUCAGACUCUCAGACUCCGUGCUGUUGCACAGGCUCAAGAUGAAGCUUUUCCCCUGCAGUUGAGUGAAUGCUGAGAGGACCUCUGAUAGAAAAUGCCUCCUGGUGGAGUACGGCUGCCACCUUAUACACUUGACAGUGGUUCAUGCUGAUUUAGCUGGUUUUCCCUAAAGGUCAAGGUUUGACCCCAGGUCUGCUCUCAACUGCUUACUGUCACUAUAAUACUACAAGUCCUCUAGAAAGUAGAACCUCUUGUUGGCAAUGUGGUCUUAUUAAAAUCAAGCCUAGUUGUAACCUGCCUGCCUCCAUGGAGCCCUCCCGUUUAUUCACAUUUACGAAGAACUGAACUGAAUCCCCUUUCGUGGAGGGAAACCACUUUCCAGGAUAUUAGGUUAAAGGUAGCAGGUGAGAAAUCUUUACUUGAAACAAGCAUUUGGAAAUCUGCGUUGAAGGUUGUGGUAUAUAUAAGACACUUCUGCCUCUAGCCUCAGUUUCUUGGAGCCUUUAUUUGGAUUUGACUUUUCUAGAUAGGGCCUUUUGAUGGUCAGUGUACAAGCUUAGACAUUUUGGCCAUUUUUUUAAAAGUAAAUUGUGACCGUUUCUUCUUCCCACAAAUACAUCAACCUUAAAGAUACUGCUGUCUGUGGGUGAUUUAAUAACACAGUCAUGUUCUUGAACCCACAAGGACACAAAAAGUGUCAUAACUAAAACUUACAUGUGUUUGGCUUUUAAAGUUACUUUUGCCAUAAAAGCAUCUUAACUUAGCAAAGUUUGGUUCUAGAAUGACGUUACCCAGCAGACUAUUUUCAUGUUUUCCUACCAUAAAUAUUUCUUGCUAAACCACCUCCCAGUCUGUAGAAUAUCUGCAACCCACUGAUUAGCCUGCUAACAGAUCCCUUUAAUCUUAAAUGUUAUAGGUUUUCAAAUAUUUAACUCCUUUCGUAAUGAGUCCAGAUUCCCAUUACAUAGCUAGGAUUUAUAGUUUAUUUUUUCAUGCCUAAUGACAAACAAAACUAUGCUGUUGAUGCUUAAAACUUUAUGCUAACAGAAUUGCCUCCGAACUGGGUCCACAGCCAGCCUUACAGAUGGCUCAGACUUUUACCUUUGACCCUGUCUUCCUCCUCCAAAGAUUAAUGUGCCCAUCUCUUCCAGUACAACUGUAGGCUAAAGCCAUAUAACAGCAUGAAGCCAACAGAUCUAAUGAGCUAAGUGGUCUGAAUCAAAUGUCAAAUGGUAAACAUUUGGCACACAAAUGGUUUUCUUCUAAAAUAAUACAGAACAUUUCCCAAACAAUGGUUAAAUAUUCAACACUGAUUUUGCUAUCCAAAAAUGUUUUCACUAUAGGGUUUCAAUCUUAUAAAAAAAUAACCAUGUAAAUGUAUAUUAACAUUUCCAUACCUCUCUGAUGUUUUCUUGAAAUUCUGACAUAAUUACAAAGUUAAAAAGGGGAAAUGAAGCACCAAAUGUAACUUUACUCCUAAUUUUAAAAGCCCUGAAACACAAAAUGUUAUGCACCAGAGAAAUUUAUACAGAAUUUUAUUUAGCUUCUCUAAAUACAAAUGAUGCCCACUAAAAUCUUUUAUCUGAAAUGUAACAUCAUUAACAGUUCAUAAUUUUACACUUAAAAAGUGGGCUUGCACCCUAAAAAUCAGCUAUAUGCAAAUUUUAACUAGAAGCACAUAUCCUACACACAGUAAUACAGCAGUGUAGUAUGAUGGUAAAGAGCAUGGCCUUUCUAACUACGUGAGUUCAAAUCCCAGCUUUGCCAUUUCCUAGUCACUUACCAUCUGUGUCUCAGGUUGCUCAUCAGUAAAAUGGCAAAUUUCCAUCUUUGAAGGCACUGUAAGGAUUACCAAAUUACUGUGUAAAAGGCACACAGAAUAGUGCCUGGCAGGUGACAGCUAAUGUUUACGUAACAUGUUCUUUUUAAGAAGUGUUACACCAUGCAGCAUGGUAUUUCUACUUACAAGCAGUCUAAUUCUUUGGUUGAAGGGAAAAACAUGAUGCUAAUAGAACAAAAAGGCCUUUUCUGGCUCGGUAAAAUUUCCAGCAACAGUAUCUAUAGUCUUGAAUAUAAGAAAAAGAACAACAAUGUGGUGAAAUGCUUCUGGCUUAUCUAACUGGGAAAAUACACCAACAUGAUUACCAAGGAUUUAUUCAAUUUCUAAAUGAAUAUACUUUGCCCUUUUCCUGUUCUUCUAGAAUGCGCAAAAUCACCAAGGUACAUACUUGGAAAAUGUGACUAUUUCUUGACACAAAACCCAUGUAUCCUGAGAGGCAGGAGGCAUGGGAACCGAAGACACGGGCAUGUGUCUGCUGGACAUUACUCUCUGCUUUUUGUCACUGUAUAUAUACGCCCUAUAAUCUCACUACUGUAGAAAGAGUAUUAAUGCUACUUAUAAAACAAAUUUACAUGCUUUUCUUCCUUUCUAGAGGAUACACUUCUGCAGAAUAGGAAACAAAUUUUGAAUCCUCAGUGCCUAGUGUAAUUCUUCCACGUUUGCCUGGAUUUUGGAGAUUUUAUCAUAUGCCAGCCCACAGGGUAGGGGGACAAACAUUUAUGGAGCACAUCUGUAGGGCAGUCAGGUACUAUCUUCAGAGUCUUGUGUAAGUUAAUUCAUAUAAUCUUUUCAAUAAACCUUUGAAAGAAGUGUUAGGUGUUGCUCAACUUAAAAAUAAGAAAUCUGAUGGGGCGCCUGGCUCAGUUGGUUGAGGGGCCAACUUCAGCUCAGGUCAUGACCUCCUGGUUCAUGAGUUUGAGCCUUGCAUCAGGCUAGGCUCUCUGCUGUCAGUGAAGCCCACUUCAGAUCCUAUGUCCCUUGCUCUCUGUCCCUCCCCCACUCGUGCUCUCUCAAAAAUAAAACAUUAAAAAUAAAAUUAAAAAAUAAGAAAUCUAAAAUCUGGUUUGUCCUUAUUAUUU